AUCAAAAUCAAAACCAGCACCACCUUCUCUCUGUUUCUCGGAGGUUGUAGUAUAAGAAGAUCUCUAUUAUUAUCAUCUCAUCAACAACUACAACAACAACAAAGUACCAAAAAUCUCUCGAGAAACUCUGAGAUAUUUUUUUUUCAUUCGUUAGGGUUUUGAUAUUAUUGGAUCGAUAUGGCGAUGCGACAACAACAACAACCAGGAAGGAGGAGAUCAAUGGAAGAUCAUCUGUGCGGGUUAUGGACAAAUGAGAAACAUGUUAAUUUCUUGAACUGGAUGGAGGAUUCUUUUGUUAGAACAAUGCUUAUUGAUCAUCGUAACAAUAAUAAUACAUAUAGAAAUAAUGAUAAUGAUAAGAACAGUGAUUCUCGUACACAUCAACUUCUUCGUCUGGAUAGAUUUCUUCCUGAUAGUUCUGAGUCUACUCGGGAUUUAAGACGGCAACACCACAAAAUCACUACCACUGCUAAAUAUUCAGUAGUUGAUGCGGAUCCAGAUACAGCGACUUCUGCAAGGGAGGAUGAGGAAAUGACGUGUUUAUCUUUAAGACCCUACGAUUCAUCUGCAUCAUCAUCGAAUGAUCAGGUGGUCCCACAAUUUGGUAUGAUAAAGGCUGGUGGUGGUGUUGAUGAUGAUGAUGAAGAUGAUAAUAUGGCGGAUGAAGAAGAGGAAGAGAAGAAAGGAUAAGCAUUAAGUUGCUGUACCAACAAACAACAAAACCAACAGCUAUUGAGUCAGUCAGAGGUUACUUUCGGAUUCGAUUAAAUUUAGAGAAAGAGAGAAACUAAUUAAGGUCCCAUUUUAUUAAAAUUAAAAUUAAUUGAGAUUUUAAUAGUAGUGAAUUAAUUAAUGAGGUGGAGUAAUUUGUUAGGAUUCCAAACUAAUUGAGCAAUUGUAAUUUGUUAAUGAAAGAUUUUUUAUUUUCUUUUGAUGGAAAUCUAGUACUACUAUUGAGUGAUAAUGACAAUGUGGUUUCAUUAUUAUUUCUUGUUAGAUAGUUCAUGGUCUAGAAUAAAUGUACUGUGCUUAGUAAGUACCAGUAC